AGCUUUCUCCAUUUUCACCUCUCUCUCUCUGUGUUUUUUUUAACUCCGUUUAAAUUUUCCGUCUGAAUUUUACAAAGGAACACUAAUGUCAGCUUUUGACGGCGUUGAAAAUCAAAUGAACGGUCCAGAUUCAUCUCCUCGUCUCUCUCAAGAUCCUCGUGAGCCUCGCUCAUUAUUAUCAUCUUCUUGUUUCCCAAUCACCCUCAAGUUCGUUGAUGUGUGUUACCGAGUCAAGAUCCAUGGCAUGAGUAACGAUUCUUGUAAUAUCAAGAAACUAUUAGGAUUAAAACAAAAACCGUCCGAUGAGACAAGAUCGACGGAGGAGAGGACGAUACUAAGCGGAGUCACCGGAAUGAUAUCACCCGGCGAGUUUAUGGCCGUUCUUGGACCAUCGGGAAGUGGCAAAUCUACGCUACUAAACGCAGUCGCAGGGAGACUCCAUGGAUCAAACCUCACCGGAAAAAUACUUAUAAACGACGGUAAAAUAACGAAACAAACAUUAAAACGCACCGGAUUUGUAGCACAAGACGAUCUUCUUUACCCUCACUUAACCGUACGUGAAACCUUAGUUUUCGUGGCUUUGCUUCGUCUUCCUCGGAGUCUAACAAGAGACGUUAAACUCAGAGCCGCUGAAUCGGUUAUAUCGGAGCUAGGUUUAACGAAAUGUGAGAACACAGUCGUUGGGAACACUUUCAUUAGAGGUAUCUCUGGUGGAGAAAGGAAACGAGUUAGUAUAGCUCAUGAAUUGCUUAUAAACCCGAGUCUUUUGGUUCUUGAUGAGCCUACUUCGGGUCUUGAUGCUACGGCGGCGCUCCGGUUGGUUCAGACUCUUGCCGGGUUGGCUCAUGGGAAAGGAAAAACGGUGGUUACGUCGAUUCAUCAGCCGUCGAGUCGUGUGUUUCAGAUGUUUGAUACGGUGCUUCUUUUGAGUGAAGGAAAGUGUUUGUUCGUCGGAAAAGGAAGAGACGCCAUGGCUUACUUUGAAUCCGUCGGAUUUUCGCCGGCUUUUCCUAUGAAUCCGGCUGAUUUUCUUCUUGAUCUUGCUAACGGAGUUUGUCAGACUGACGGUGUAACGGAACGGGAAAAGCCAAACGUGAGACAAACGCUGGUCACGGCUUAUGAUACAUUGCUAGCCCCACAAGUCAAAACUUGUAUCGAAGUGUCACAUUUUCCUCAAGACAACGCGCGUUUCGUGAAAACGCGAGUAAACGGCGGUGGAAUAACAACAUGUAUUGCAACAUGGUUUAGCCAACUCUGCAUUCUCCUCCACAGACUUUUAAAAGAACGGCGUCACGAAUCCUUUGACUUACUUCGCAUUUUCCAAGUCGUCGCGGCUUCGAUCCUUUGUGGUCUCAUGUGGUGGCACUCUGAUUAUCGAGACGUACAUGACCGACUAGGCCUACUCUUCUUCAUAUCCAUCUUUUGGGGAGUACUUCCAUCAUUUAACGCGGUCUUCACGUUUCCGCAAGAACGUGCAAUUUUCACUAGAGAGCGUGCGUCCGGUAUGUACACACUCUCUUCUUACUUCAUGGCCCAUGUACUCGGAUCGCUCUCCAUGGAGCUCGUUCUUCCGGCAUCAUUCUUGACGUUCACUUAUUGGAUGGUCUAUCUACGCCCCGGGAUAGUCCCAUUCCUCCUCACCCUCUCCGUGCUUUUACUAUACGUUUUAGCGUCACAAGGACUUGGACUUGCCCUUGGUGCAGCGAUCAUGGACGCUAAAAAAGCGUCUACAAUCGUGACCGUGACAAUGCUAGCGUUUGUCUUAACCGGUGGUUACUACGUCAACAAAGUGCCAUCCGGAAUGGUGUGGAUGAAAUACGUUUCCACGACGUUUUAUUGUUACCGUCUUUUAGUGGCGAUCCAAUACGGGAGUGGGGAAGAGAUAUUGCGAAUGCUUGGAUGUGAUUCAAAGGGUAAGCAAGGAGCGAGUGCGGCGACAUCGGCUGGAUGUCGAUUUGUGGAGGAGGAAGUGAUCGGAGAUGUUGGGAUGUGGACGAGCGUUGGUGUUUUGUUUUUGAUGUUUUUUGGGUAUAGAGUAUUGGCAUAUCUAGCUUUGAGACGUAUCAAACAUUAAAUAAAGAGAGGGAGAGGGGGAGAAAGUUAAAUAAAAAUGAGUGGGUAAAUUUAAUUUUUAGGGUUCUAGUUCGGAAUAUUAAAACGUCGCUAAUUGUAAUUUUGCGAUUUAGCGACGGGUUCAGUUUUUAACAUGUGAAAAUGAAAAUGACAAGUAUUUUUAAUUGUUUUUAAUAAAAUGUAUAUUUUCACCU